AUGUCCGAAUACUCUGACUUUCCAUCUACUCGUGAGGCACUUAAAAUUAUUUUUUCAAAAGCUUCUAACGAGCAAAUUUCGAAGUAUGAGAGGCAACUUGCCAGACCUUUGAAUUUCGCGACAAAUGGCCUUCAGAAUGAGCGUAGAGAUGAAAACUCACGUGCCAUUUUUCACUUUACCACCAAUACCGAGCUUUAUACAGUGCGAGGCAACAUUGGAAAUCUUUUCCCUAACGCCUUCAUGGAUCAACCCUCCAUUCAAGCUUCAAUCCCUAAUCCUCGAUUACAUCCAAUUGGAAAGGCCUGGAUAUUAACAAAUAUAGCAAAACGUAAAAGUGACUUUGGAGAAGAUCGUAGAUUCUUCCUUUCAUUCUGA